AUGGCUAGCUCUAUAUCAGCUUCCAAGCAAGCCAAUCUCCUUCAGACGUGGAACAAAUAUCGCGGCGUGGACCUCCGUAGCGAAGCUGAAGCUUCCAACUCGUGCGUUGGUUUUCUCGGUAAAAAGCGAACGCUCUCGAAACAUCUCUCGUUUGCCGACCUCACAACACCCUCGGGCGACAUCAUACAGGUCUGCUCCAAUGGCGAAAUCGACAAAGAUGCCCACGCAGAUUUCCGGCAAAUACCGGCUUUUAGCCCAGUCAUUAUUAACAUCCGAGCUCCAAACGCAGAGGAGCAAGGCCGCGACAGCUCCGACAAGACGACAGUAUAUCUCGACGACAUUCGCGCCCUCAACAGUGUCCCCAAGGAACUUAUUGUUACGCCGGAAACUAUCUUUCCUCAGACGAAGCGCCACCUGCAGAUUCGAUUUCAUCCAGAAAUCCAAGCCCGGCUCGAGUUUCGCUCAUGGCUGAAGAAUGUACUGCACCAGGGACUCGUGCAGAAAGGCUUCACGGACAUUGAGACGCCUACGCUCUUCAAGUCGACACCAGAAGGUGCGAGAGAGUUUCUUGUUCCCACGAGGCAGCGAGGAACCGCCUACGCGUUGACUCAAAGUCCGCAGCAGUACAAGCAGGUGCUUAUGGCGAGUGGCAUCUCGCGCUAUAUGCAAUGGGCGCGUUGCUACCGUGACGAGGACUCACGGGCAGACCGCCAGCCUGAAUUUUCACAGCUCGAUAUGGAGUGGGCAUUUGCUGGUGCGGCUACAGUGCGCCAGGAUAUAAACGAUAUAAUCAUGGCCGCGUUGACAGCACUCAAGCCUUCUUGCUAUCAAGAUAUGCGGGGGGAGAGAAUCCCUAUGGUGCGCAAAAUUUCAGCAAAAGAGGAUUCUGGCUCCGAAGAAGCGCAUCAAUUCACAACUCUCAAGUUUGCAGAGUGCAUAUCUUCGUAUGGCUCUGACAAGCCUGACCUGCGAAUCCCGGGGCGCAUUCAUGCCAUCAAGGACAUGGAACCUUAUCAAACCUUUGUUGGAAUGAUUACUCAUCUGGAGAAUCCCACGAUUGAAGCCUUCUCCUUACGACUGACUGAUAGCUCGCCGGAAGAGUCACGGCGAUUCGUCAUGAAGUUUAUGGACAAUCUGCCAUCCGAACUGGGGGAGAACCCGGAAGGCAAGCCGCAGGUCCUCAUCUUUGAUUCCAGAAAGCCCCUAUGCGGCUUCUCCUCAAUUGGGUUCGAAUAUGAACCUCUAAUUGAUCACAUUACCCAGGGAGAGGAACUCAACGAUGGUGACCUAGUCGUGUUCCAAGCCCGAGAAACACCACAAGGACAGUACUGUUCGGGCUCUACCAAGAUUGGCGAUUUACGCAUUGCGCUCUGGAAGGCGCUCAUCGAGCAGGGCUACAUGACAAAACCGCGCAACGGCGAGCCGGGCUCCCUCCAAUUUGUCUGGGUCACCGAAUUUCCCAUGUUCAAGCCCACCGAAGAGAAUGAGCCAGGCCAAGAGGGCGCGGCCGGCAUCGCGGCAUCCCACCACCCGUUUACCGCUCCCCUUUCCGAAAACGACCUCCAACUACUCUUCACCAACCCCCUCGAUGCCAAGAGCGCCGCCUACGACCUCGUCCUCAACGGUGUGGAGAUUGGCGGCGGCAGUGUCCGCAAUCACGUCGCUGAUGUGCAGGACUUCAUCAUGCGCGACGUGCUUCAGAUGACGGACAAGCGCAUCGCCGACUUUUCCCACCUGUUUGAGGUGCUGCGCGCCGGGUGCCCGCCGCAUGCUGGCUUCGCCCUGGGUUUUGACCGCAUGGUGGCGCUGCUGACGGACACGUCGACGGUCCGCGACGUCAUUGCUUUCCCCAAGACGAUGAAGGGCGAGGAUGCUUUUGUCAAGUCGCCGAGCAAAAUUACGGAUGAGCAGCUUGCGCCGUAUGGAUUGCAACUGCGAAGAGCAAAGUAA